AUGCGACAAUCUCGGGGGGAGGGUUCAGAAGGACAGCUGCAAGCAGGUUACAAGCGCAGCAAGUCCAACUGCUACGCCAAUUGCACCCUUCUCAAGAUCGAUGGCGUUCGAACCAAGGAAGACACGCAGUUCUACAUCGGCAAGCGCGUCGCUUAUGUGUACAAGGUGAAGAAGGAGGUGAAGCACAGCAAGUUUCGAGUGAUGUGGGGCAAGAUUCGCCGCUCUCACGGCAACUCGGGCGCUGUGCGCGCCAAGUUUGUGAAGAACAUCCCCCCAAAGGCCGGACCGAGCAGAGCCAGUAGGACUUAA